ACCCCCCUUUCGAACAAGAAGUAACCGUCAUCUCUGUUACUGUCCCUUCCCCCAACUGUAAAGCCCAUCACCGCUCACCCUUGAAACCCCAGUGAGGUCGCCCGACCCCCCACCAAACUCAGUCACCAUGAUGCUGGAUCUAGGUCCGUUUUCAAGCGAGAACUUCGACGCGAAGAAAUGGAUAAACUCGGCGACUCAGAGCCGGCACCCGCAAGACUCGCUCGACAAGCACCUGGUCGAUUUGGAGAUGAAGCUACAGAUGGUUUCCGAAGAGAUCGCCGCCUCUCUCGAGGAGCAGAGCGCUUCCGCUCUCCUCCGCGUGCCACGUGCCAACCGUGACAUCAUCCGCCUCCGUGACGAGGCCGUCUCGCUCCGCUCGGCUGUUUCCGGAAUCCUCCAGAAGCUCAAGAAGGCAGAGGGAUCCUCCGCAGAAUCUAUAUCUGCCCUUGCUAAAGUUGAUACUGUCAAACAGAGAAUGGAAGCAGCGUAUGAAACCUUGCAGGAUGCUGCUGGCUUAACACAAUUAAGUUCAACUGUGGAGGAUGUCUUUGCCAGUGGUGAUCUUCCUCGGGCUGCAGACACCUUGGCGAAUAUGAGGCAUUGCUUGUCUGCUGUUGGGGAGGUUGCUGAAUUUGCUAAUGUUAGGAAGCAACUUGAGGUCUUAGAAGAUAGAUUAGAUGCAAUGGUGCAGCCUCGUCUAACAGAUGCAUUAUCCAACCGCAAGGUUGAUGUUGCCCAAGAUUUGCGGGGAAUACUCAUUCGAAUUGGAAGAUUUAAGUCUUUAGAGCUACACUAUUCAAAAGUUCACCUCAAGUCCAUAAAGAAGCUCUGGGAAGAUUUUGACUUAAAACAGCGACCUAAUAAGCUGCCUAGUGAGAGGAAUGAAGUGGAAAAGCUAUCAAGUAGUAAUGAGUUCCAAUCAAGUUCACCUUCAAUUUCAUUCUCCAGUUGGUUGCCAACUUUUUAUGAUGAAUUGCUUCUUUAUCUUGAACAGGAAUGGAAGUGGUGUAUGGUUGCUUUUCCAGAUGAUUAUAAAACUCUUGUCCCGAAGCUACUAAUCGAGACAAUGGCUGCUGUAGGGUCGAGUUUUGUUUCUCGUAUCAACCUUGCUACUGGAAAUGCUGUUCCUGAAACAAAAGCAUUAGCUAAAGGUAUUUUGGAUAACCUAUCUGGGGAUAUGCCAAAGGGUAUUAAAAUUCAGACUAAGCAUCUGGAGACUCUGAUUGAAUUACACAAUAUGACGGGGACCUUUGCAAGGAAUAUUCAGCACUUGUUUUCAGAAUCAGAUCUCCGAGUUUUGAUGGACACCUUGAAAGCACUGUAUUUUCCUUAUGAUGCAUUCAAAAAGAGUUAUGGACAGAUGGAGCGUGCCAUCCUCUCCUCUGAGAUUGGAGCAGUGGAUCUGAGGGGAGCAGUUACUCGCGGUGUGGGAGCCCAGGGAAUUGAACUCAGUGAAACCGUUCGUAGAAUGGAGGAAUCUAUUCCCCAAGUCAUUGUACUUCUUGAAGCAGCUGUUGAGAGGUGUAUCAGCUUUACUGGUGGUUCUGAGGCUGAUGAGCUAAUUCUUGCACUUGAUGACAUAAUGUUACAGUACAUUUCUACCCUCCAAGAAACACUUAAAUCUUUAAGAGUUGUCUGUGGAGUGGAUCAUGGUGUUGAUGGUGUUGGUUUAAAGAAGGAGACGGGAUCAGACAAAAAGGACGGAAAUCAAAAUGUACGCAAAGUUGACUUGAUCUCCAAUGAGGAGGAGUGGUCGAUUGUCCAAGGGGCUUUGCAGAUCCUCACAGUUGCAGAUUGUUUAACAAGCAGGUCUUCUGUCUUAGAAGCUUCCUUGAGAGCUACACUUGCUAGGUUGAGCACAAGUUUGUCUCUUUCAGUAUUUGGUUCAAGUCUGGACCAAAAUCAGUCACAUUUUGUCAGUGAUCAUGGAACUGGGGAGUUGUCUUUGGGUGGAAGAGCUGCCUUGGAUGUGGCAGCUGUGCGGCUCGUUGAUGUUCCCGAGAAGGCCAGGAAACUCUUUAAUCUUUUAAAUCAGUCUAAAGAUCCCCGAUUCCAUUCACUUCCACUUGCAUCUCAGAGGGUUGCAGCAUUUGUUGAUGCGGUGAAUGAACUUGUAUAUGAUGUCCUCAUAUCUAAAGUACGGCAACGCCUCAGUGAUGUAUCUCGUUUGCCAAUUUGGGCGUCCAUUGAGGAACAAAGUGCUUUCCCUCUUCCAACCUUCAGUGCAUACCCCCAGUCCUAUGUAACCAGUGUUGGUGAAUAUCUAUUAACGCUACCCCAGCAGUUGGAGCCACUUGCUGAGGGCAUCUCCAACAAUGAUGCAAACAAUGAUGAGGCACAGCUUUUUGCGACAGAAUGGAUGUUCAAGGUUGCAGAGGGUGCAACUGCGCUUUACAUGGACCAAUUGCGGGGAAUUCAGUACAUAUCAGAUCGUGGAGCCCAACAGCUAUCAGUGGAUAUCGAGUAUCUUAGUAAUGUCCUUUCUGCGCUAUCAAUGCCAAUCCCCCUGGUCAUUGCCACAUUCCACACUUGCCUUUCUACCCCAAGAGAGCAGCUGAAAGAUCUUCUGAAGUCAGAUUCAGGAAACCAGCUUGAUCUUCCAACAGCAAACCUUGUGUGUAAGAUGCGGCGUGUAAGUUUAGAUUAGUGAAGAUUCCUUUUCUGAGAAAAUUUUCCAUGUCAAAAUUGGAUGAACUUGCCUUUGUUCUGGGAUGCUAUUAUUUUGAUCUCUAUAUUACGGAAGAAAUGAAAGCUCGAAGCUGGAGCCUAUCUUUUGCAUUCAAAA